UCAGGACCACAGACUCAGUCAUGGCAGAUUUGUAAGGGAAGCCAGUCUCUCCUCCCUCCCUCUAAAGUUCUCUUGCCACCAUUCUCAGGUGGCCUCCCAUCUUCAGAACCACACAGGGCUAAGAGCUUUCGCUCCCAGAGAUGCCAAGGAGGUAGGGGCCCUGGGGUUUGGAAAGGCUGCUGCUUCGGUCCCCAAUGCCUACUCCUGCUCUCAGCCCCACCCCCAUGGGCUCCAAGGCCAGGUCUGGAAUUCUAGCCGCUUCACAGCGCUUGUGUUCUGGACGGAAUCUACAUUAGCCCUAUUCUGUUCACAUGCUGAGUCCUGCCCCUGCACCCAGUCCCCCAUUCCCGGUCCCAGACCAUGCCCUAGGUAGGUGGCAGGCCACUCAGCCUGCCCUGAGAGGUCACAGUGGGAGAUGAGGGGAAAAACUGGGUCUUCACUUCCGCCUUGUCCUCCAGCCACCCGUUGGGUGAGCCUGGUCAAGCCGGUGGCCUCCUGGGUGCCCAUUUCUCUCUCUAGUCAUGCCACCACUUACAACAGGGAAAAGGUGUUCCUCCCAGUUUGCACCUUCCCUAGUUACUGGUUGAGGGGAUCAGGGACACUUGGCCAAGAAAGGCCCUCCUUCCCAUCACAGCAUCAGGCUCAGGUUCUGGUGCCACUGAUGCCCCAGAUCUGCAGGGUCCCAGACACCCUGAGCCAGCUGACUCCUGACGCAACCCACCCCACUCGGGUGAGGCCUGCCGAGCUGCACUGGCCUGAGUCAUGGGGGAUGAACUCACUGCAGAAGCAGGAUCUCCGGAGGCCCAAGAUCCACGGGGCAGUCCGGGCAUCUCCCUAUUCGCCACCCACGCUGGCCUCGCUGCAGCGCUUGCUGUGGGUCCGUCGGGCCACCAUGUUGAACCAUAUCAAUGAGGUCUGGCCCAACCUCUUCUUGGGAGAUGCGUAUGCUGCCCGGGACAAGAGCCAACUGAUCCAGAUGGGUAUUACCCAUGUUGUGAAUGUUGCUGCAGGCAAGUUUCAAGUGGACACAGGUGCCAAGUUCUACCACGGAAUGCCCUUGGAGUACUAUGGCAUCGAGGCUGAUGAUAACCCCUUCUUUGACCUCAGUGUCUACUUUCUGCCUGUUGCUCAAUAUAUCCGAACUGCCCUCAAUACUCCCCGAGGCCGCGUGCUGGUACACUGUGCCAUGGGGGUAAGCCGCUCUGCCACACUUGUCCUGGCCUUCCUCAUGAUCUACGAGAACAUGACACUGGUAGAGGCCAUCCAGACGGUGCAGGCCCACCGAGAUAUUUGCCCCAAUUCAGGCUUCCUCCGGCAGCUCCAGGUUCUGGACAACCGGCUAGGGCGGGAGACGGGGCGGCUAAUGACCUGACAAGCGGCCCAGAGCCCUGGCUCUCCAUCCAGCAUAGCCCAACCUGACUAGCCUAGACCUGGGGACGGCAGCCUCUGCUGUUUCCAGAGACCCUGAGAUGUAAACAGCAAGUGGGGGCUUAGCUGAGGCAGGGGCAGGGAGAGCUGGGUGGUGACCUUUAGCAGGUGGAUUCCCCAACCCAAUCAGAGAUUCUUUAUGCAAAAGAGAAUUCAGUCUGUCUCUAUAAUAAAAGGUUCAUCAUAAUAAAGAUAAGAGACCUUC